CACUGCUGGCACAGGCCACAUUUUGUCCAUUUUCUGGCAAAAAACAGGUGUUUGCCAAGUCAAUUGCCAAAGUCAAGUCAAUGACAGAAUGUCUUUACCUCUAAUGACAGAUUAAAACACACUAUUCUAAAAAGUGUCCCUUUAUUAAACAGCAAGGAAAUACUAUGAGGUGAUAAGAUAAAACAUAACAUCAGAUGAAGUCUCUUGUUUUGUUGACAGUGAAUGAGUUAAAUCUUCUCUCCAUAGAUUAAUUCAGGAUGGGCAGUGCCCCCACCACCUCCCACACACGCUGCCUCUAAUGGCUUAUGAGAAUGCCUAUACACAGGAGCAUUAUACUGAGCUCAACACUGGAUCACUGAAGUGUGUGUGGGGAGGGAGGAAGGGGGAAGAUGUGUGUGUGUGUGAACACAUGAAAUGGGCAUGUUCCAGCCCCCACAUAUACAAAUAUCUGUAAAGGAUGAUUGAAAAUUGUGUCAUGUGCUACCUUCCUGCUAUCAGAGGAAAGGGCUUUUUCACACACUACCGUGACCAACUACGUGACCAGGAAGUGACUGGGAAGUGUGGCACCAGUGGAUUAUGGUCCUGCCAAAAUUAUGGCAACUGAGAGCAUGGUCUCCCUUCAGCUGUUAGACCAGAACUGAGGAGAGAAACACCCACUGUGACACCUGGCUACGGCAGGCGGCUGUUGUUGGAGGAAAGGGUCCGGAGGAACACUGCCGUCCCCAGAGGACGCCAAGCGCAGAGGGGCCCACAUUGGCUGGUUCCUCCCACUGCGCCUGGCCAUGGACUCUGUGUUUAACGAUGAUAUCAGCAUCAUCGCCCAAGAGACCCUUCUGCAGGAGGAUGAGGAGGAUUGGGUGGACAGUCCCAAUACUGACCAGUCUGGAGACAUGUGCUCAGCCUCACACUUUGCCCUAAUCACUGCCUAUGGCGACAUCAAGGAGCGUCUGGGCGCACUGGAGAGAGAGAACGCCACGCUACGCAGGAAACUCAAAGUAUAUGAAGUCAAGUAUCCAAUCAUAUCAGAGUUUGACGAUGAUCUGAACUUUUCUCCGUAUGACUCCAAAGAAAAUUCACUGCUGAGGACAAAGACCUCACAACACGAGCUUCAAAAUUGUCAGGAGAAUGAGGAGAAAAUAGGGGAGAUGGUCCGAGCAUGUGAAAAAAUGUGUGCAGAACGGAGUGAGCUACAGGAGGAGCUGAGUGAAAUGAAAGGUUUGGUUCUGACCCAUGUAGCCCACAUCCAGUCUCUGGAGCAGCAAUUACAGAUGUGCACAGAGCCUCAUCCCUUCCCUGGCUCUGUCCUCACAGAUCCAGACAUGCAGUAUCUGUCACUUCAUCACGGGCAUGACAUGUCACAUGUCCUUGAACAUGCCAUGAGCUGGCAAGCUCCCCGUAGCCUGGACCUGCAGCGGGAAGUUGUGGCACAGAGGCGAGAUGCGGAACUUGAGGAAGCCCGGCGAGAUCUGCAAAAUGCACAACGCAGAGAAAAGCAGUUAAAGGAAGAUAUACUGCGCCUGGAGGAAGAACUGAAACAGCUACAGCAGGCCCGGGACCAGGAGCUGGUCACUGGGCAGACCCAGCGGGAGAUGGCCUGGCUGAAGGAGGUUGGGGAUGACCAGGUAAACCUGGCUCUGGCUUACACUGAACUCACAGAGGAGUUUUACCGGCUUAGAGACCUUACUGCUUUACAAAGUCGAAUCCUGAGGACACUGCUAGAGGAGCAAGCAGGUCAGAGGCAUUCGCCUCCACAUCAUCACUCUCCCUGUCCCCUGCGACAUUCCCCUUCCUCCCUACGACACUCCCCCUCUUCCCAGCGGCGCUCUCCUGCUCCCCAGUGCCCUUCUCCAAUCCUUCAGAGGAGGUCCCCAGUCCCGCAGUCUCCAGCCCACCAGCGCCGCUCACCGGUGCCACCAUCUUCUCCAUCUCGACGUUCUCCUGUCCCAAUCUCUUGUCCUUCCCCUGGACCAACUGAUGUUCCAUAUCCCAAGCCUGCAACCCAUGAAGUGAAGGCCUCUUUCCAGGCCCGCCGUAGCUACUCUGAGAUCAGUGAGGCCACUCUGUAUCCACGAGCACCUCGUUCCCUGUGGAUGCCCACUGGCACGGCUACCUUGCCAAAGCAGCGUUCCUACAAUGAAGGCUAUGCAGGCAGCCCCCCAGCACUCCCUUGUUUCCAUGAUGCUUCGCAGCAGUCCUCCGAUGAAGAUGAAUGGAGCCCCCCAUCCCCUCCUAGCCCUGAAACUGGAGCAGUACGCUGUGCAUCUUUUUGUGCAGGGUUUCCCAUCCCAGACAUUGCCAGCAGGAGGAUGUCAGCAUCAUAUUCGCGGGCAGAGCACGCACAGUCCUGGCCUUCCAUAAAUCUGCUGAUGGAAACAGUGGACUCGGAAGUAAGAAGCUGCCCUCUUUGUCAGCUGGCCUUUCCCGUUGGGUACCCAGAUGAUGUUCUAAUCAAACACAUAGACUCUCAUCUGGAGAACAGCAAGAUCUAAAGACAAGGCAUUUUUAUUCUAUGUGCGAAAGUCCCAGUCUUGGCCUGUGAGGCGCGACACUAAAACUAGACACUGAUUAAAACAUGAGACAAAGUUGAACACAAUCUGUGUAGUGCAUAUAAAGUAUAUACUCACUGCAAAUAAUAUCACUACACUCUGCCUUUGUCUAUAGGCAUAUAGUGAAAACGCCACACUGUAAAGUACUACUUUGUUUCUAUUCACCGUUAUCACUAACACUGCACUGUAUAAUGAUGCUGAGUACCUGUAUACAUUAAUUAUGUAAUGUAUAAGAUGCUCGGUAUCUGCAUACUAAUAGUGACACUUUUAACACAUGACACUUUAUAAUGAUUCUGACUACAACACAAUGAAUUGGCCACACAGUGGAAUAACACUGUGUGGCCCUACUCUGAUAAUGGACUUAUGGCACUUUUUUGCGACUAGAUUCAGUCAGUCUGACUUAAGGAGUCUCUGCACUGUACAGUGGCAUGGAGAAUCUUGAAGAUAGUGGCACUGUGUGCUUUAUUCUAAGACCUCUCCUCUCCCCAAAGGUGGGUUUGGAGGGGUGCUUCUUGUGCCUGCUUGAAUUGUCAGCUUCUGUUCUGUGUUGGGUUGGGAAAUAUCUCCUUUGGGUGCUCCCGCUAGCACCCAUGGUAAGGAAAGAAUCUGACCUUCCCAGGAAAGAGGAGAAACUGACCUUCCAGAAACAUUGCAAUGAAUGAAAUAUAUACUGUGGUUCUUAUUCCUUGUUUUUUGCGGCGGUGGCCAUCUUUAAGUCUGGGGGCAGAAAUACACCCAGACAAGUAGCAGAGGGAGCAGACACAGACAAGGAAGAAACCGUAUCACUAAAUGACGAAUGUGCAAUUUAAAAGACGAACAAGGCACCCUGCCCUUGUUAACCCUCUCACUGCCAGAUCAGCCUGAUGAGCACUGCCGUGAGUACCUUGGCAUGCAGAGAAAUAUCUCAGCCAGGCUAUGGCAUAUGGAGGCGGUGGGGUUACAUUUUAAGCUUCCUUAAGGGAGUGAUUUCUCCCUGACAUGUUAUACCUCAGCCCCAAUCCUGUGUGUGAUAAAUGUGUCUGUAUAUAUAUAUAUUUAUAUUGAUAUAUAUGCACACACAUGCAUCUGUUUGUUUGUAAAAUAUAUACUCGUGUAUAUUCAUCGAGCCUGCGUAAUGACAUCUGUAUUUCUGGCUCUGCUGGUCCAAUGUCUUCCCACAAUGUCAGGUUCAGUGGCGUUGUUGUGAGUGGGAGCGGUGUGCAGAACAUUGUUCUGUGUGAUGUGCUCUGCAUGACACAGGUGUGAUGCGUUGCACUGCUUGAUGUUCCGCAGUGCUCUGCGUGAAGUUUAGCUUUGCAGCGUGCUGUGUGACGUGCUGCUCUGUGUAACAUGCUGCUCUGCAGGCCUCUCUGCUGCCCUCACAGUUCUACCCCUGUCCACACUAAACGAAUAAAAGUUUUCCUUUUGUAUUUAA